AUGGCUGAGGAAAAUUCGUUUCUGGACUCAUCCUUCUAUACUUCAGAUACAUUAAGUACAGUAGAUCAUGCAAGAAAUUUUAGAAAUUCACUGAUCUUAGAAGAACUAUCUCAAAGAGAUUUGACCGCUGCAUUUAAUGAUGAAAAAGAUACCAUUCAAACUCAAACAAAUUUAAAACUUGCUCAUACUAAUAAGGACGGUGAAAAUAAUUCUCCAUCUCAAACAACUCUAAGAGAACCAAAUACUACAAAAACAAUCCAAAUAUCGUCAUCUCCUUCUUUAAGUGCCCUAAGCAACCUUUUAAACGAAAAGUCUAAGAUUGCUGAUCAAAAAAUGAGAAAUAGUAUGCUAUUAGAUACCUCCAUUAUUGAAGAAGAUGAAGAUGUUGAAGAUGGCUAUAGUAAAGAAUUUUUAAAUCUACCUGCAUAUGAAGAAGUACAAGUAGAUAAUUUUGGUUCAAACAUCUAUAGAAAUAGUAGCAAAAAUAAUUCAACAUCUCCAAAUCUUUUGGACAUUGACGGCCUUCAUAAAAUUCAAGUUCCCAUACCAUCUUCAAAUUUCCCAAUAGCAAGCCUUGAACAACCCGAUUUCCUUACAACUCCUAGAGUGGAGCCUCCGAAAGCUGCUGUUAUUGCUAGGAUUCAUUCACCUAGUAAACUGUUUUCGAAUAACUUACUCUCUAACAAUAACAAUAACCAACCUUCAUUUGAAUCAGAACUGUAUUUGAACCCUUUAAGCAGAUCUCAUUCACCUGUCGCAGUUCCAAUAACUACUGCACCUAUUGGUAAUGCAACUGCUAUCUCCUCAUACUCGUCUUCUCCAAACAGGUACCUAGAUUUGAAACUUUCUUCUAAAUCUUCUUCAGCCACUCCAAGUCAGUGUGAUAACUCAAAUAUUUAUAAUAAUCAAGGCAGUAGUAAUAUUAAUUAUAGUUCUGAAGAACGUUCAACUUCAACUGAUUCUAACCAGCAAUUGAAUAGACAUUUGAACUCACCAAUUCCAACACCAGCUACAACACCCUUAAAAGUUUCAGAUUCAAAGAAAACACCCAACAAAAAUAGAACAAGAAAUGGGAGUAUUUCCACAACCUCAACUUUGAAUACAACACCUUCCUCUUCAAGGAAAAAGAAAGGUCUUUUUUCAUUUUUGAAGAAAAAGCCAUCCCAAAAUGACAUUCCAACUGUAAGCCAUAAUCAAAAACAACAAUACAAUUCCAAUCAUUCUUUACCCACAUCUUCAACAUUUUCAGUUUCACAAACUUCAUUAAACUCUAAUACGUCUACCCCAGAAAAACUACAGAAAAAAUCGCACAGCAGCAAUAGCAUAUUUAGUUCUUUCAGGAGAAACAGGGAGUCCUCAAAUGACUCAAGUCAAGCAAAGAGAAUAUAUCAUUCUAACCACCAAAAUCAACAACAAUCUCAUAAUAACGCUAAGAAAAAUAACGCUAAGAAAAAUAAUGACGAAACUAUUGCUUCUAAUAAUACAAGUGCUGCAAAUAGCAUAAUAAGCAGCACACAUAUAACUAGAUCUCGAACAGCUUCAAACGCAAAUGUAAAUACAAUUCCCAAAAUUUCUUCUGCAAAGACUAACUCAACUAGCAAUAGCCCAUAUGUUAAUAAUGUUAUUCCUCUUUCUUCCUCAUCUUCAUCCUCACCUAUUAAAAGGGACGGCACUUCAAAUCGGAGAAACAUUACACCAUUAGCCUUUGAUUUAGCAAUGAAGAAAAAUCAAUCAUUCGAUGAAGAUAAUGAUACUGACAACCAGAUAUCUUUUAAAACUACCUCCUCAGAUGUUGAAGUAAAUACAGUUCCUAUCACAUAUCAUCCAAACAUUCCCGAAUUAAUAAUUGAAGGAAGUACCACUAAUAAUAAAAAAGCAAAAUCUUAUGACCAGUUAAUUAAUUCUCCCAGUGAUCAGCAUAAUAUAAUUGCGACUAAAAAUACCAAUAGGAGUACAUCACAAAGUAAGGGAUUAUUUGAACGUCCCCUUGGUCAGCAAAACGCUCAAUCAUUUAAGAACGUAUCGAUCACUGAUGAUGAUUUUUUCCAAAAACCUCAAAAUCCCUUUCAACCAAGAGCUGAUUAUGGUGAAUCUUUAUUCCCUAAAACAUUAGACGAACAAGAAGUUGAAUCAAUUAUCUCCUUAGAAAGAACAAGAUCCAUUAAAAGUAAUAAUAGAAAUUCCAUUGCUUCCUAUAGAAAAUCAAGUGAUAAUUACUCACUUAAAAAUCAAAAUGAAGGCAUGAUUGUAACUGAGCCUACUUCAAUUGUCCUUUCCACGCCUGACUUGACUAAAUCUCCAGCCAGCAGCAUUUUGAAAAGUGGAAAGUUCGAAAAUGCAGAUACUUCAUCAAAUUUCUCCGGAAUGAAUGAAAGUACUGGAUCUUUAUUUACUGGUGAAGCUCAAUUUUCUCAACCUUCUCAAAGAAAUAAUAUUUCAAAUUUGCAAGAUAUCAGUACUAAUGUUGAAAGCAACUUUUCUUUUACAUCAAGUGAUGAGCAGGUUCAAGGCUUAAACUUACAUUCUGAACCAUUAGGCUUAGAAGCUGAUACAGAAUUGAUGUCUGAUAUUAUGGAGUUUGCAGACCUAAUUGACUUUGGUGAUUCCAUGAAUUUUGGUGACACCGUUGAUUUUGCUGAGUCUUUGAAUUUUACUUUAGAUCCCGUUGAUAACUCAAAAAUUAAUAUUGUAUUAGAGGAACCUGUGACGAGAGAACCUCACUCUUCCAAAAAUAAUUCUACAAUGAACGAAGCUCAACAUAUAAAAAAGAGCCAAACGAUUGAUUCUAAUUAUUGGGAUAAGUCUAGCAAAAUGGAUAGCAAUAAGCAAGAAUCAAGUAAUGAUGCCAACGCUUCAAAAGUGUCAAUAUCUACUACUUCUUAUAAAGAUAUUUCAGAUACAGAACAACCUCCACCAAAUUACUUUUAUGAAUACCCAGAUAGCAAUAAUAUUAAUUCUACUGAAGAAGUAAAUCACAAUCCUUUUUCGUAUGAUCCAAUCCAAGAACCAUUUCAAACUUUCCCUAGUCAAUCAUCUGAUAACGCUAAAACUCAAUUGAAACCAAAUAUAAUUUCUGACGUUGAAAAUGACACAGAGAAUAAUGAUGUAGAAAGCCUUCAACAAAAUAAUGCAUACUUCCCAGAAACACAAAUUAGUAGGCCGAUUUCUAUGUCUUUCAAGGGCUUACGAGCACCAACGUAUAAUACUUCAAAUACUCCUUCUAUGAUAAAUUCCGUCCAUGCUGACAAACAAGAUCAAAAAAUUAAUCCUACAAGUGAUUCUAAAAUGAAAGCCAUUAAUGAAAAACAUAAAGUUAAAGUUGAUUUUUCUCAAAAUGUAAUUUUAUUCGAAACAUAUAGUCAGUUUGAAUAUGACCGUAAACCUGAAGUUGCUACUUGUAAUUUACUGACUCCUCAAUUGGCUCAAUUAAUUAAAUCAGAGCUAAAUGAAUUAAAAAGUGAAAUGGAGGUUCAUAUAGAUUCUAGAUGCUAUACCCAUUUUUAUUAA